AUCAACCAGCGGGCUUUUUUUUUUAUGUCAGAAAAAGUCAACAAAGGCAACAUUUUCUGCGCUUCAAUCAAUAAUUAUUUAUUUCUAACAUUUUUUGCAGUUUAGGAUUUUUUUCGUUGUUGUUGUUGUUGAACCCCAGCAAGCCCUGAAAUGCGUGUAUUUUUUGGCCGUGUUUGUUAGUCCAUGCUUUCCGCGGGGGCUCCCUGGUCUGGUGGAUUAUCCGUGUGGAGGUUGCCGAGGCAGUGGCGUGGUCGCGGCCGGGAGGAGGGCCCUCUUCGCCGGAUGGAUGCGCGUAAAGCGGCGGCGUCGAAAUGAUGCCCAGCAGGUCUCGUCGGCAGCGGGCGAACUCCUCUUGAAUGUCCGGGCUCUGUCGCCCCCCCAACACGCACCAUAUUUCCUCCCACCUCAAACAUUUUAUUCCUUGAAAACUGGACGCCGCCGGAGUAGUUUAUGACGACCCUGGUAGGAGCGUGAUGAGCGCGCGCUUCCGCUUGCCUGCUGGCAGAUCCUACAAUGUCCGGGCGACGGAGCUGGAGCGAGACAGGCACCACACACAGGUUGUGUGCAACAUACUGCUACUGGACAACACUGUCCAGGCUUUUAAAGUCUGCAAGUCCGAUCAUGGGCAGAUCUUGCAAGAUGCUGUCUUCAAGCACCUGGAGCUGACUGAAAGAGACUACUUUGGCCUGUACUUGGCAGAUGACUCCUCGGAUACCCCGCGCUGGCUCGAUCCCAACAAGCCCAUCAGGAAGCAGUUAAAAAGAGGGUCCCCCCACAACUUGAGUUUCAGAGUCAAAUUUUUCGUGGCAGAUCCCGGUAAACUUCAGGAAGAAUACACACGGUACCAAUAUUUUCUUCAGAUCAAACAGGACAUCUUAACUGGAAGAUUGCCCUGUCCACACAACACAGCUGCACUUCUGGCUUCCUAUGCUGUUCAAUCUGAAUUGGGGGACUACAAUGAGACGGAGCAUCCUUUGGGUUAUCUGUCUGACUAUUGCUUCAUCUCCAACCCCCCACAAGACUUCCAUAAAGAGGUCGCCAAACAUCAUCAGCAGCACAGUGGUCUAUCUCCUGCCCAGUCGGAGUUUAAUUAUCUGAACACAGCACGCACGCUAGAGCUCUACGGGGUAGAGCUGCACUAUGCAAGAGACCAGAGUAACACGGAGAUACUUAUCGGGGUGAUGUCAGCCGGCAUCGUGAUUUAUAAGAACAGGGUACGGAUCAACUAUUUCCCAUGGUUGAAAAUCGUGAAAAUCUCCUUCAAGUGCAAACAGUUCUUCAUCCAGUUGAGGAAAGAGACAAGUGAGACGCGGGAGACUCUGCUUGGUUUCAACAUGGUGAACUACCGAGCCUGUAAGAACCUGUGGAAGGCCUGUGUGGAACACCAUACCUUCUUCAGACUGGAACGACCCAUCCCACCUCAGAAGAACUUCUUCUCGCAUUAUUUCACCCUGGGUUCAAAGUUUAGAUACUGUGGGAGGACGGAGGUGCAGUCUGUCCAGUAUGGAAAGGAGAAAGGCAUCAAGGACAGGGUGUUUGCCAGAUCUCCGAGCAAGCCUUUGGCCAGGAAGUUGUUGGGUGGAUCGGACUGGGAGACGGUGAGCAGGAACAGCCUAUCAGAUGAAAGACUGGAGACUCAGAGCCUGCCGACCCGCUCGCCGCCUGGGACACCCAAUCAGAACUCCCUGUUUACACAAGACGGCACGCGGCUACGCCCCUCGUCUGUCGGCCACCUGGUGGAUCAUGUGAUACACACGUCGCCCAGCUUGCCCGUCUUCUCCUCCAAUCACAAGUCGGCCUCCUCCACGCAAGCCAACAGUAUCAGCUUGGACUCCACACCCUCUCCCGAUGGCGUGGACGGCCUGCCUCCGGCUCUGCCCCCCAAGCAGCUGAGCAGGAAGACCUUGAGCCAGAUCAUCCAGGCCCACUCGCAGCAGAGUCUCCUGGACAACCACCUCAACGAGAUGUACGACGUUCCUGCCAAUACUGACAAGACCACGCUGAAUGGAAUUGUUCCUCAUGAUAAUCUGGUCUUGAUCAAAAUGAGGCCUGAUGAACAUGGACGUUUUGGCUUCAACGUUAAGGGUGGAGCUGACCAGAAGAUGCCAAUCAUUGUAUCCAGAGUAGCUCCAGGAACAUCAGCUGACCUGUGUGUGCCACGUCUGAAUGAAGGUGACCAGGUCGUCUUAAUUAAUGGGCGGGACAUCUCCGACCACACCCACGACCAGGUUGUAAUGUUCAUCAAGGCCAGCUGCGAGAGCCACUCUGGAGAACUCAUCCUGCUGGUGCGACCAAAUGCAAUCUACGAUGUGGUGGAGGAGAAGGUGGACUCGGAACCAGAUUUCCAGUACAUCCCAGAGAAGUCCCCUCAGGACCCCACUCAGCUCGACCAGCAUGCUUUGAGGGAUUCUAUGGUAACCCUGAAGGAGGGUCUGAGCAGUGGGGCCAUACUGGCCCAGUUUGACCAACUGUACAGGAAGAGGCCCGGGAUGACCAUGCUGUGUGCCAAAUUACCUCAGAACAUUUCCAAAAAUCGCUACAGAGACAUCUCUCCUUAUGAUGCCACGCGGGUCAUUCUGAAAAGCACAGAUGACUACAUCAAUGCAAAUUACAUAAAUAUGGAGAUUCCUGCCUCCAGUCUCAUAAACCGCUACAUCGCCUGCCAGGGUCCCUUGCCCAACACCUGUCCGGACUUCUGGCAAAUGACCUGGGAGCAGGGAUCAUCUAUGGUGGUCAUGCUGACAACGCAAGUCGAGAGGGGACGGGUCAAGUGCCACCAGUACUGGCCCAACCCAGACAGCAGCGCCUCCUACGGAGACUUCACUGUCACGUGCCACAACGAGGAGGGCAACUCCGCCUUCCUGGUCCGGGAAAUGAGCCUGGUGCACCUACAGAGUGAGGAGCAGAGAGAGCUGACCCAGAUCCAGUACGUGGCCUGGCCCGAUCACGGCGUUCCCGACGACUCCACGGACUUCUUGGACUUUGUGGCUCUGGUCCGCAGCAAAAGGACAAGGCAAGACCAGCCAAUGGUUGUACACUGCAGUGCUGGCAUCGGUCGGACGGGGGUUCUGAUCACCAUGGAAACGGCCUUGUGUCUCAUGGAGUGUGGCCAGCCAGUGUGCCCGCUAGAGAUCGUGAGGACCAUGAGGGAUCAGAGAGCCAUGAUGAUACAAACACCUAGUCAGUACCGCUUUGUGUGCGAGGCCAUCCUGAGGGUCUACGAGGAGGGUCUGGUCCGACCGCUGACGCCCACCGUCUACCAUCUACGAGAGACGGGCGACGGCGAGGAGGAGGAUGAGGAGAUGAAAGGAUCGAGAGAAGACACAUGGGAGGAAGAGGAGGUGGCGGAGCUGCUGGAAGGAGGUCUGGACGAGGAGGAGGAGGACGACGACGACGACGAGGAGGUGGAGGUGCUGGACGUGGGGGAGGUGACGGAGGAGGAGCUCAGCGUUGCUAGCGUGAACAGCGACACCAGCGUGAACCCCGAGCCCGACCCCGCCGACCCGUGACGUUUGACCCCGCGGGGUCACUUUAGGGGACCCAGGAAGAGGCGAGAACAAAGGCACUGUUGCACUUUAUCACAAAAAACGGAACAAAAUAGAAGAACUGGAAAAUCACAGAUUUCUUUUGAAAAAGAGGCGAUCCAGCUGUGCGGUGCAGGUACCAUUAGAGGGCGCCGUGUUCAGGGUCGACUACGACGUCAACACGGAGCGCCCAUGUGCCAUAAAAGUACGAAGGGGAAGGGCUGUCCCAUGGAUGGAAAGCUUCCCCCCCUCCUCCAUUUUUUUUUUAGUCCUUUUAGCGGAUACAUCUUUUGUUCCUGCGAGAGUAUUUAUUGUGUUUUAGUUGCUGUCAAACCCUCUCCACUGAAGUCUCAAACCUCCCAUUUUUUUUAAAAACUAGUACAUUCUUAGGAUUCCUCUUCGCUGCGAGGAUUGAAUUCAUCGUGGCGCUCUCUCCUCAACGUUCCUGCUGGACACGGGGAAAGACAAUUAUUUGGAUCGCGGCUUUUAGCUCCUCGCGUCGCGUCUUCCGGCCGACAGACGUCACGAACAAAGCGGGUUUACGUUCUUCGAGUGAGAGCUUUAAAUCGACGUAAACCCUGCCCAGCGCCUACUGAACAGUGAAAGUCGACUUCCAUCGAGCUCCCUGAGAGUUGAACAAAAGUAGUCCCGAGUUGUGGUAGCAGAGCGUUUAGACAGGUCAGACCUGGCAAGUUUAUUAAGAAAUUUGGCCUGCCUUUAAGUUCAUUCUAAAUAUCAGACAGUCUAAAUCAGUGGUUCUUAACCUUGUUGGAGGUACCGAACCCCACCAGUUUCAUACGCGCAUUCAUCGAACCCUUCUUUAGUGAAAAAUAAAAUGUUAGUUUUUUUCAAAUUCAAGACAAAGUUAUAUGUUUUUGGUAACACUUUAGUAUGGGGAACAUAUUCUAAGUAACAAAGACUUAAUUUAGUUAUUUGGACACUAGGGGAACAUAUUCUAAGUAACAAAGACUUAAUUUAGAGUUAUUUGGACACUAGGGGAACAUAUUCUAAGUAACAAAGACUUAAUUUAGAGUUUUUUGGACACUAGGGGAACAUAUUCUAAGUAACAAAGACUUAAUUUAGAGUUUUUUGGACACUAGGGGAACAUAUUCCAAGUAACAAAGACUUAAUUUAGAGUUAUUUGGACACUAGGGGAACAUAUUCUAAGUAACAAAGGCUUAAUUUAGAGUUUUUUGGACACUAGGGGAACACAUUCUAAGUAACAAAGACUUAAUUUAGAGUUAUUUGGACACUGGGGGAACAUAUUCUAAGUAACAAAGACUUAAUUUAGAGUUAUUUGGACACCAGGGGAACAUAUUCUAAGUAACAAAGGCUUAAUUUAGAGUUUUUUGGACACUAGGGGAACAUAUUCUAGGGGAACAUAUUCCAAGUAACAAAGACUUAAUUUAGAGUUAUUUGGACACUAGGGGAACAUAUUCUAAGUAACAAAGGCUUAAUUUAGAGUUUUUUGGACACUAGGGGAACAUAUUCUAAGUAACAAAGACUUAAUUUAGAGUUAUUUGGACACUAGGGGAACAUAUUCUAAGUAACAAAGACUUAAUUUAGAGUUUUUUGGACACUAGGGGAACAUAUUCUAAGUAACAAAGACUUAAUUUAGAGUUUUUUGGACACUAGGGGAACAUAUUCUAAGUAACAAAGACUUAAUUUAGAGUUAUUUGGACACUGGGGGAACAUAUUCUAAGUAACAAAGACUUAAUUUAGAGUUUUUUGGACACUAGGGGAACAUAUUCCAAGUAACAAAGACUUAAUUUAGAGUUAUUUGGUUAGGAUUAGGGUUACAGGGUUCGGGCCAGGGUGAGAGGGUUAGGGUUAUAAUAAGGCCAUGCCGAAUAAGGCAUUAAUAAGUACUUAAUAAUGACUAGUUAAGAGGCAAUAUGUUACUAAUUUGCAUGUUAAUAAGCAACUAAUUAAUGGUGAAUAUGUUCCCCAUACUAAAGUGUUACCAUGUUUUUUUUACUGGUGCACAAAAUGAACCGUGCAUGAACAUCACCUUGUUCAAACAACAAAACCAACACAGUGACACACCUGCAAAUCAGUGUGACUUCAGCUGUUGCCGUAUCCGUAAUACCACGACAGGGAAAAGUUUUUAUUUACACGAUGAUUCGGGUGUGUCUUGACCUCCGCCGAACCCCUGAGCCCAACUCACCGAACCCCUAGGGUUCGAUCGAACCCAGGUUAAGAACCACUGGUCUAAAUGCUGCAAGUUUGCCUCCAUCUUGUGGACAGCACGAGUACUUCUAAUCAAUGACCAUGAAAUGUCAGCAGCACAACAUUUACUUAUAUGACCCGAUCCAAACAACUGUCCCCACUCACGGCGACCGACACAAAAGGUCAACACACACACGACACAACCUGCUCACGGAACGUUGUGGUUAUUAGGAAAAUCAUCCACGCACUAUACUUCACUGAAUAUUACACCUGUUUAAAACCACUACAAUGCAUGAUGGGAAAAAACACUCUCACCACACUUAUCCAUGUUUGGCGCAUUAUAGCUGCUUGAUAUUUCUGAUUGAUUGCAAAACUUUCAGGAGGUUGUCACGGAAGUAAACAAGGUCGGAGUCAAACUUUC